GGUCACGCAAUUAUAAUUGUACGUGGGCCCUUAUUCGGUCGUGUGUACAGUUAGACUGUGCAGUAAUUGUACACAUUCUUGUACCAGUAACCAAUUUUAAUUCGUUCGCCGAACACGGUACAUUCUAUUACACACGCUAAUAAUUAAACAUGAUUUUUAUAUUGAUGCUUUUCCUUCUACUGGGAAAAGUUUCGGCACUGCCGUUUUCCGUGGAAAUCGAAAAACACCGUUUAACAUUAUCCUGGAAUUAUAAUGACGCUAUAAUCGCCUUUGAAGUACGGGCACGUGUCACACCGCGGUCAUGGAUGGCGGUAGGUGCAUCGGACUAUGGUGACUUUGCAUCCGCUGAUUUUUGUGUACUGUGGACGGAUUUGUGGGGACGACAACAUGUGACGGAUACGUACACCGAUAGUAAGGAAAUUAUGCGUGUUGACCAGCAACAAGACUGCCAACUGCAGUCGGUCAACCAAACCCAGUACGAGACAGUAUGGAGGUUCGUUCGCCCAAGAACAUCCUGCGAUAAAAACGAUUAUCAAUACGAGGAAGGUACGACGCACUUACUCGCUCUAAUUGGACCCGGGCACAUCCGGUCGGUGGACGGACUGAACAUUAAGGAUAAUAAAAAGAAGUUGUACAAAAGUAUGCUGCGUAUGAGCAUGUUUCCGCCGUAUCCUGCUCCGGCCGAUGAUGAAACGGAUAUUGCCGGCAUGCGUGAUGUACAAAUCAUGGAAGUAUUGUCCGAUCGCGUGAAGGUACCGGCACGGGAGACAACGUACUGGUGCGUCAUUAAAAAGCUCCCACAUCUCAACACCAAGCAUCACAUUAUUCAGUAUGAAUCGGCCAUUCAAGAAGGUAACGAAGACUUGGUCCACCAUAUCGAAGUUUUCCACUGCGAAAUCCCAACCGGCAUCCACAUCAGCGAAUGGGAGGGUGACUGCGAUGACGGUUCGGCGCCUAAAGACAUGGAUUACUGCAAGCGCGUCAUCGGGGCGUGGGCCAUGGGGGCGCCACCGUUGCGGUAUCCACCGGAAGCCGGUUAUCCGAUCGGCGGCCGGGAAUUCUCUCCCUACGUCCGUAUCGAGAUGCAUUACAAUAACCCCGAAGAGACAGCCGGGCGGAUAGAUUCCUCGGGGAUACGCUUUUACUAUACCACACAACUGCGACCUUUCGAUGCCGGAUGCAUCGAACUGGGAUUGGAGUACACCCCCAAAAUGGCCAUUCCUCCGAGGAUGGAUCACUUCCAGUUGAGCGGGAACUGCAUUGCUGGAUGCACAGAAAAGGGGGUUCCGCCGGACGGUAUAAACGUUUUCGCGUCACAGCUACAUACGCAUCUUACCGGCAUGCGGGUGUGGACGCGACACUUUCGCGACGGUGUUGAACUGCCGGAAUUGGAUCGCGACAAUCACUAUAACACCAUGUUUCAAGAAAUUAGGAAGCUCAAAAAACCAGUGGUUAUUUUGCCUGGAGAUGAGCUGCUAACAACUUGCGAAUUCCGGACACUCGACCGUAGUAACGCAACAUUAGGCGGCUACGCCAUCUCGGACGAGAUGUGCGUCAACUACAUCCACUACUAUCCCCGUACCAACCUGGAAGUGUGCAAAAGCUCCAUCGACACCGACGCGCUGAUGACCUUCUUUGAACAUAUGCGCACGCUGGAUGACGACGAUACCGCGCCAGAGAAGUCGGUGAAUGAAAACUACCAUUCCAUUCGCUGGACGCCAUUGACAGCCUCCGUACUGCGUGACCUGUAUGCUGAAACACCCCUGAGUAUGCAGUGCAACAUGUCGUCGGGUCAUCGAUUCCCGGGAAACUGGAACAAUGCACCGCAGGUUCGGGUGGCGGUACCAUUGCCACCGAAGACCGACGCUUGCGGGAGGAUUUUAAACCAGUAGAGAAGAAAAUAUUAUUGGUGAAUUGGGAAACAUGACAACAUCUUGCCAGUUAUCGAGAAAGUUUACGUAGCAGUUCUAGUACUGCUGGUGAAAUUGGCAAAUAAUUUAAAACAAUCUAUGGCGCGACUUAUUCUAAGCAAUUUUUCAUACAGGUUAGAUUCUAUUUUAAUCCAUUUAUGCAUUAUGUAUGUUGUUUUCAAAGAUAUUAGGUUUUAUUGUCGUGCAUAACAAAACAUCAAAAAUACUGUAUGCCAAAAGUGCAGUACUGCUGCUACUCUAACGCUAAUACUCCACCUAACGUAUACUAGCACUAAUAAAACAAUC